AUUUGGUUGCGCCGUGAGCAGAGCCGAAACGUCCUCGCCGUCGCCGGAAAUGGAGUUUUUGGCCUGCUUUCUUUGUUUCUGUGUUGCGUUCUUCAUUUUGAGGCUUAAAUCGAAGGCGAGAAGUACAUCGAAGCUACCUCCGGGACCAAAGCCUCUGCCGGUCAUCGGAAAUCUCUUGGAUCUCGGCGACAAGCCUCACAAGUCGCUCGCCGCCAUGGCUAAGGUAUAUGGCCCAAUUUUGAGUCUGAAACUUGGACGAGUUACGGCGGUGGUGGUUUCUUCUUCCGCCAUGGCUAAAGAGGUCCUACAAACGAACGACCACUCUUUGUGUGACAGAGCCAUUCCAGAUUCGUUGACCGCUUACGAUCAUAACGAAGUCGGAUUUCCAUGGAUUUCUGUUUCUCCUCUGUGGAGGAAAUAUCGCAAAAUAUGCAACAAUACUCUGUUUGCUGGAAAAAUUCUGGACGCGAACGAGAAUCUUCGCCGAAAGAAAGUGGAAGAGCUUGUGGAGAUUGUUCGAAAAAGCGCGUCGAAAGGCGAGGCAGUGGAUGUAGGGAGAUUAAUGUUCACGAUUACGCUAAAUCUACUCUCAAAUACGAUUUUCUCUGUUGAUUUAGCAGAUCCGAAAUCCGAAUUAGCAAGACAGUUCAAGAAAUGCGUGCAGGAAACUAUGGAAGAGGCCGGAAAGCCAAAUUUGAGCGAUUACUUUCCCGUGUUAAGGAAGCUAGACAUUCAAGGGAUGAGGAAGAGGAUGAAGAUUCACUUGGGAGGUUUUCUUAAAAUUCUAGACUCAAUGGUCAAACAAAGGAUGAAGGAGCAAGAACUGAAUCCUGAUUCUGUUCCAAACAAUGAUAUGUUGCAUUAUCUUCUCAAGAACGAAGAGAGUGACGCCAAAAUCGAUCAAAAUCAGAUGAUACAUUUACUUUUCGUAUUAUUCGCAGCUGGCGCGGAUACAAGUUCAGUGUCGUUGCAGUGGGCAAUGGCGGAGCUAUUGAGGAAUCCAGAAAAAUUAGCGAAAGCUCAAGUGGAAAUCAGGCAAGUUUUGGGAAAGAACAAAUCAGUGGAGGAGGUGGACAUUCCGAGGCUGCCAUAUCUACAAGCAGUAGUGAAGGAAGCUUUACGAUUGCAUCCAGCGGCUCCAUUGUUGCUACCUCGUAAGGCGAAACAAGAAGUGGAGAUCGCAGGUUUCACAAUCCCUAGAGAUGCUCAGGUUUUGGUGAAUACUUGGGCGAUCGGAAGAGAUCCGAUGAGCUGGGAGAAUCCAUAAUCAUUUGAACCGGAGAGGUUUUUGGGGUCAGAAAUUGACAUUAGAGGACGGAGCUUUGAGCUGAUUCCGUUCGGCGGAGGGAGAAGGAUUUGCCCUGGACUGCCACUGGCUAUGAGAAUGAUGCCUUUGAUGUUGGGUUCGUUAAUUAAUUUCUUUGAUUGGAAGGUUGAGGAUGGAUUUGAAAUAAACAUGGACGAUAAAUUUGGCGUCGUCGUAGAGAUGGCUCAUCCACUCCGAGCCAUCCCGUCCUUAAUUGUUUAGAAUAAUUUCAGACUUAAUUAUUGUACGUCUUCGAUGAAAGUCCCACAUCUACUAAUUUAGAGAAUGAUCCUGAGUUUAUAAUCAAAUAAUACUAUCUUCGUUGAAAUGAAGUUUUUUUGAAAACUUGGUGGGAGAGAGGAGGAGAAGGUGACACAAGAGAUAGGAAGAGAAACAAAGUCCAAAACCGUCACGGUGAGGAAAGAGAAAAAUCGCGCUGUGAGUCAGGCGAGGAAGAAAAGAUCCGGGUCGGACCCAGAUCGGUAACCCGAGGCCCAGUCUGUCUGUAGCGGCCCACGCCGUAGCGCCUCGACUCGCCUGCAGCCUGUGUCACCAGACCAGCCUGCAACCCGAGGCCUAAACCCAUCUCGGCCCAAUAGCUCAACCUGCAACCAAACAACCCGCGACCCAGCCCACAAACCGAGACCACAUGCAGCAACCCAAUAACCCGACGCAACCCGCCAAGCUGACCCAAACUGCGCCUCGACCCGAGACGCAUGCACACGACGUGGCCCACUCCUGAAAUGCCACGUGUCAACCCGCGUCUUAUGCAGCCCUUCGGCUUGGUCGACUUAGAUGUCUCGACUCGGCUCCCGGCGACUCCUCGGCUUAUUUUGCUUGGGUACCCCUAUUUUAGCCCAAUUUUUAUGGUUCCUACCCUCCCUGAUCUAUUUGUGGCCUCGGUGAUGGUAAUUGAGGCCAUUUUAGUGCUGUAUUUUACAUUUAUUAGUAUGAUCAUUAUUAAUUUGUUAAA